AGGAGAGGUUGUGAUUGCAGAAAAUUCUAGAUUGCAAAUAAGAAUUUAUGAAUUAGAACAAAGAAUACGUGCUUUAAAUCUCGAUAAAGACGAAUUGAUUCGUGAUAAUACACAUUUAAGAAAUAGAGUUGAAGAACUUGUACAGAUUCAUGUAGCAAAUGAAAAUUUGACGCGAUUAAAUAACGUGUUAAAAAUUGUUUUGAGAGACUGUGAAGAUGAGAGAGUUUAUUACAAAGUGGCCAAUAUAAAAGAAUUUGAGGAUUUUAUUUCAAAUUAUAUUUUUAGUUUGUUCAAUAAUAUUGAAUUAUUAUUGAGAUUUGAUAAUCAAUACACAACAAAUAUU